UCAUAGAUAGCGGAAGACAUUUUGUCGGCUUUCACAGAGGCCCACCAUAAUAACGCUGUGGAAGAAGAUACCAUAGCGGGAUUUCGGUGAUGAGCAGUUCUUAAGUUAAUCCAGCAAUGGCGCUUAGAAAAGUCAAGGGAACUCUUGAACGAGUUCUUGACAAGAAUUUGCAGGAUCUCGUGAGGGGCAUCCGGAAUCACAAGGAAAACGAGAGCAAAUAUAUAGCAGAGUGUAUCGAUGAAAUCAAACAGGAACUGAAACAAGAAAAUUUGGCCAUCAAAGCCAAUGCUGUCAACAAGUUGACCUAUCUCCAAAUGCUUGGCUAUGACAUCAGCUGGGCAGCCUUCAACAUCAUUGAAGUGAUGAGCUCUACCAAGUUCACCUUCAAGCGUAUUGGAUAUUUGGCAGCCUCGCAGUCGUUCCACGAGGAGACAGAUGUUCUCAUGCUGACUACAAACAUGAUUCGCAAGGAACUGGACAUGAGCAGUCAGAACAUGUAUGACUCCGGUGUGGCGCUCAACGGCCUCUCCUGCUUCAUCACACCAGACUUGGCUCGUGACCUUGCUAACGACAUCAUGACCUUGAUGACUUCGUCUCGGCCGUACCUGCGUAAAAAGGCGGUGCUCAUAAUGUACAAGGUGUUCCUGCAGUUCCCUGAGGCACUACGUCCUGCCUUCCCACGACUCAAGGAGAAGCUGGAGGAUCCUGAUCCAGGUGUCCAAUCAGCGGCUGUGAACGUCAUUUGUGAGCUGGCUCGGAAAAACCCAAAGAAUUAUCUCUCCCUGGCCCCUCUCUUCUUCAAACUGAUGACAACCUCCACCAACAACUGGGUGCUUAUCAAGAUCAUCAAAUUGUUCAGUGCACUGACCCCUCUGGAGCCGAGACUGGGGAAGAAACUGAUAGAGCCCCUGACCAAUCUCAUACACAGCACAUCGGCCAUGUCUCUGCUGUAUGAGUGCAUCAACACUGUGACGGCAGUUCUCGUUUCUAUAUCUUCAGGCAUUCCUAACCACUCGGCAUCGAUACAGCUCUGUGUUCAGAAGCUACGCAUCCUCAUUGAGGACUCGGACCAGAACUUAAAGUACCUGGGACUGCUGGCCAUGUCCCGUAUCCUGGCCUCCCACCCCAAGUCUGUGCAGGGCCACAAGGACCUCAUCCUGCAGUGCCUGGACGACCGCGACGAGUCCAUCAGGCUCCGGGCCCUGGACCUGCUCUACGGGAUGGUGUCAAAGAAGAACCUGAUGGAGAUUGUGAAGAAGCUGAUGGUUCACAUGGACAAGGCCGAGGGCUCCCACUAUCGCGAUGAGCUGCUGUCCAAGACUGUGGAGAUCUGCAGCCAGUCCAACUACCAAUAUGUCACCAACUUUGAGUGGUAUGUGAGUAUCUUGGUGGAGCUGACGCGUAUGGAGGGCACCAAGCACGGAAAGCUCAUCGCCAACCAGAUGCUGGACGUGGCCAUACGAGUACAGGCCAUAAGGCACUUUGCCGUCUCACAGAUGGCGAUACUGUUGGAGAACUCUCACAUUCUGGCCAACAACUCCCAGCGUAACGGAAUCUGUGAAGUGCUUUAUGCCGCCGCCUGGAUCUGUGGAGAGUUUUCUGAGCACCUGAACGACCCUAAGGCCACCUUGGAGGCCAUGCUGCGGCCCAAGAUCACAUCGCUGCCGGGCCACAUCCAGUCCGUGUUUGUCCAGAACAUUCUCAAACUGUAUGGGAAGAUCUUGAAGGCUGCGGAGGCGAAGGAGGAAGAUGGUGUGAAGGCAGAGGUGCAUGCUCUCCUACAGGAGAAGCUGCCUGUAUUUGUACAGAGUGGGGACCUGGAGGUUCAGGAGAGGGCAUGCAGCAUUCUCCAGAUCGUCAAGUACAUUGUGAAGCUAGAAGAGAAGGGAGCGGCGGUGGCCGAUGAGGUGGAGGGACUCUAUGCCGGGGAACUCAACCCUGUGGCUUCCAAGGCACAGAAGAAGGUGCCCGUGCCUGAGGGUCUGGACCUGGACAAAUGGAUCAACGAGCCCCUGGAGGACAGCUCGGACGAGGAGGUCAACGUGUCCUCGUUCUUUGUGGCUGCAGAUGAUCAACACAGGUCAAGUUAUCAAUAUGAAGAGAGCAAAACUUACCAACAACCAACAGAGGAGGAAUUGGAGAAGCGGCGGGAAGCCCGCAAGACAGAGGUGGAGCACAACCCACACUAUCUGAAGGACGAUGGGCGGGGCAGACGGAAGCGAGACGCAGCCCCGGACACGAGCAACAUUCCUGUGGCAGAGAUUGACUUGUCCAUCCCCCUGCAUGUCCCUGUCGGUGGCGAUUUCCCGGCAGGCAUCUCCUCGUCGGACAAGUACAUGAUGCUGCAGCAGCAGGCGGAGCGCAGCAAGCGGGAGAAGCGGGAAAAGGGAGGCAAGAAGAAGAAGAAAAAAGGCAAGAGCUCCAAGCACGCAGUGGCCGAGGAGUCAGAGGAUGAUGUGUCAGCCUUACACGCUGUCAGCACAGUGAUGGACGCGCCAGAGGGUAUGGACACUUCGGACAAGGAGGAGGACCGAACAAGGGAUGAGAAGUACAAGGCUCUGGACAUCAACUUGGAUGAACCGCUGAGAGACGACGAAAAGUUGCCGGUCCCCACCCACCACAUCGUCCUGGAUUCUGGGAAAGCCGAGGGCGAGACGGAGGCAGUUGAGACGGAGAAACCCAAGAAGAAGCACAAGAAAGAUAGAGAGAAGAAAGAGAAGGAGAAGAAGGGAAAGAAGGAGAAGAAGAAGCGAAAGAAAUCUGAGAACGGUGACAACGGGCCCUCUCUGCUGAUCACAGAACACACCAAUGGGCCCGAGGAGGUGGCUCCCGGUGACUCCUCUGAGGUUGUCUCAAGGGAGGACAAGGCGAAGGCUGAGCUGGCAAAUACCGAGCCUCAGGAUAAGAAUGCGGAUGAUUUAGACUUCUGGCUCUCCACAAAUGAUGCACCCACCAACUCUACCAACUCCACCGCUGCCACGGGGGGUUCGGACCCCCAAGCCCUACAGAAUGGCCCUGCAGAGGGCGUGUCUUCUCCAGCCCGGUCCAAGCCCAAAGUGGCGGUGGAGAAUGUGAUACUCACUUCAGAGGAAGAAGAUCCUGCACCGACGGAUGAGAAAGCGAAGAAAAAGAAAGAGAAAAAAUCAAAGAAAGAUAAGGAAAAGGAGAAGCAGCAGAAGAAGAAAGAGAAGAAGAAGUUGAAGGAGAAACGCAGCGAGUACGAGGUGGCUGAGGGAAUCACAACGCCCUCGAAGGAGUCGCUGUCCUUGUCUCAGCAGCCGACGCCCAAUGACGUGAAGAUUCCGCCAAUGAGUAGUUAUCUCCCCCUUGCUGAGAACUCUGCUAUCAAACUGACUUGCGAGAGCCGCGUCAACCACCAACGCAGCGACCAGAUCAUCGUCUCCGUCGUAUUCUCCAACCUCACCAAAGACACCAUCAAAGAUCUCGAGUUCAACGUGCUGGACACUCUCAACACCAAGCUGAUCAGAGGGAUCGGCGAGAAGUCCCAGGACGCAGUGAAGGUCCCAUUUGUGCUGCUGCCCGAGGCCCAGAAUGAGGGUCAGUUUGCCUUCACCGUGGACAACAUCACCAUGCCGCAGAAGUUGAGGGGAACGCUCACCUAUAUACUCAAGUCUCCGGACAGCUCCACACAGGACAAGGUGGACUUUAAGAUCAGCCUGCCCUGCAGCACCUACCUAGUCUCAACACCAUGCACAAGUGAGGAGUUUGCAGCAUUACUCAGCAACGGGGAGCUGGAGGAGAAGGCGUCCACCAAGUUCUCCGCGGUCGACGCUCAGCUGUCCCCCAUGCUGGCCCGAGUCUGCUUCUAUUUACAUUUUAGAGUUGUGGAACAAGUGGAAAGCAGUGCCUCCCUCUACAGUCGCUCAAUCCAGGGACACCCAGUAUGCUUGCUAGUCAAACUGGUUGAUGGUACCUUGAGUGUAGAAGGCAAGAGUUCGAACCAGACAUUCCUGUCCAACGUAGUGGAAGACGUGAAGACGUUGCUGACGUCAGCCAGCUCCUAACAGCGGUGUCGCGGCCGCUGCACUGCCUGUGAUAUUAGUGGAAAGCAAACAAGAGUGCAGGUCUGGCGGUGAUCGCCACUGAGCCUACGACCUCCAUCUCCGUCAUUCGCAUGAUCUUCCCUCAUCCUCCAUCAUGGACAAUUUUCGUAGCGAUUGAAACAAAUUUUGUUGCCGUCACGGUUGUAUUUAUUUUUCUUCAUCAGCACUGAACACACUUUUCUUUUUCUUUUUUUUUUUUUCUUUUCUGUUUUUGGUUACUUUUCCUGUUUUUGAGGAUUUGAUUCAAAUUGCAUUUCCUCAUGAGAACGUAGAGCAGGUUGCUUAGUGGUUUGCCAAAUUGUCUCUCGCUGAUGCAAUAAUUGCUGUUAACUUGGAACAGUUGUCUGGAGUAUAGCACUGCUGAUUGCAGUGAUCUGGCUCGGCAUGUCUAUUCAAGUGGUUUCUCCAGUUCUUUAAAAACAGAAAGAAUAAUCUCCAAGUGGUCAAAGAUAAUCUUCAUUCUUACUGAAAGCCUUUUUUAGCAGGCAGUGUUAGUUAAUGAGCAGUUGUUUUAACCUCCCUUGGUUUUUUUAUAUUUUUCUGACGGGGAAGGUUCUGGCUAAAACAGUCUUGUCUUGAUGUUGAUUCAAAUUCUGGCAGCCGUGACAAUGGGUGAGGAUUUUUUUUCUUCGGCCGUCGUUUUGAGAAAGUUUUGCUCAGACAUUCUUGUCCACUUCAUUCCAACGAGGCAUUCUGUACUUGAGUAGUGACUUGUGUAAAGACAACACUGAAAGGCUUUGUGACGGUGACCUGAGCAGUGACUGUCGCCUUAAAAUUUGUCAGACAGUCAUCUUGACCGUUAAAUAUGCUACAGAAAGGCAGAUGGGGCUGCAAUUUUGACAGAUGUUUCGGAGUUCAGGGAACAUCUGAUACUCGAAACCUGUUGUGUUUUAUUUUCUCAUUAUAUAGCAACAGUGACUGUAGUGGGCUCUUCGACUGCUUUCUGUCUAGCAAUGUGCGGCCCAGGGGUCUGUUUGGGAUGCAAUGCGAUAUGUUCUGAAAGUCUUGCUUGGUCCGGGUGACCCCCCUGAUAUGCAGCAUGGAUUUGUGACCAGAUUGAGUGUUAUUUGUUCAGUUGUUUUUUUUAGUUUUUUUUUUUUUACUUUGUUCAACAUUGAUAUUGUGACCAGAGUCCUGUAAUAUGCAUUAUUUGAUGCAAUUUGUUAAAUGCCAUGUGUGCACAUGUGUAUGAAUGGGUGCUCAUCGAUGGAUGUGUGCAUUGAUGUGUGCUCCAGUGUGUUUGCUAGGGAUGCUGCAGAUGUGCUACCAGUUGAGGAUGUGGGUACAUCUGUUGGACAGAGGAAUAAGAUGUAUCUGCAGGAGUGCGUGGGUGUGUUGGGGGAGGGGGAGAAGUUGCAUGUAUGUGUUGUGGGAAAUCAUUGAACUGUCGUUAUUAAGACUGUGCAGAGUGAUGAGAAACUACCAUAAUACGAUGUAUGAACUGCCGUAGGGUGUGUCAUGUAAGUGUUAUUGUACAAGUGUCAUUUGCAGGUGUGGGAAAUUUGUUCCGAGACGCACACGACUUCACUUGCUGCUUGAUAUUACUUGCUUCAGCUGGCACUGUGCCUCAGGUGCUUCGGGGUGUACAUCUUUUUUUUCCAUUUUCUUCCUUUAGGACACCUCAUGAGCAAGUUUUCAGCAGUUUCCCUCCCCAUGAAUAGUUGACCUAUGUAAUCUGUUGGCCCUGAUGAGAUUUAAUGUUUUAUUUAUAUUUGGAAUAAAGGUGAAGUCGGAGGAAUGACUGCGAAAUGUCGGACAACAUUUUUCUUUGUCGCUUCUGCGUGUCUGUUUAACUUGUGUUCUCAUGUACCCCCAGCAUGUGUGUGUAUAUGUGUGAAUGCAUGUGUGUGUGUCAGAAUGUGUUAACGUAUGUAUGCAUAUGCGUUUAUGCAUGUUUUUCUGUGUGUGAAUAUUUAUAGAUGAGGAGAGGGAAGUGUAAGGCAUUUCUACUGGGUAAGUUGAGAGUUAUAAAUAUAAUUGAUCACAGGGGCAGAUAGUUUCUUUUUUGGCCUUAACCUCCAAGUCUCAGUGACUCCUUUUUUUUUUCCCCCUCAAGUUUAUCUUUUGUGGUGGGGAUUCUGAAAAAUUCUCCCAUUUUUUAUCUUUAAGAGGGUAUGCAGAUCUAACAUCUCAUGAGCUGGAAAAAUGAGGAGCGGAUUAAUAAGAAAACUUGAAAAGUGUGCUGUGACGGGGGAGGUGGGGGGGGGGGGGGGGUUACUGCAUGCAUGUACAUGUGUGUGGUGUGUGCUCUGAUGGCUGUGAUUUUGUUGUGUGACCAAAUUUGUUUGUUUGUCUGUAUGAUUGUACAGUUAAGUCUUCCAGUAUUUCCUGGUGUACUGAAACAAAGUGUGUGUGUUCAUGUGUGAGUAACGCGCAGUGUGAUGUACUUCCCCCUGCGCUCUCCCUGUAGCUGUACGGUAUGUUUUCUUUGGGUUUUGGGGUUUUUUUAAGCUCAGUGUGGGCUUGGUCGAUUAGGCAGGGGGUGUGCUACGUUUUGGGCAAAGCUUUGCUGUGCCAACUGACACAAGACGUAGAAGAAGAAUCUGACUCUCACUAUAUAUCUCAUCUCUCUAGACUGAGGAAACUAUCACCCUCAUUUUCUUUAUUUUUUGUCAAGUGUGUAGAAGGUAGGGUACCACUGUCCUGUCAGUUUUCUCUGACACCUAGCUAGCCACUGGGGUGUACUCACUUUCUGGCAUUUUGGAAAUUUUGCCGCAUCGAGUACAUUGGUAGAAAAAGAAAUCUCCAAAGGAUUUGCCUUGUGGUAGAGAGAGGAACGGUGUUUAAUAAUGAUAAUAAUAGAUAACAUUUAUGCUGCGCAUUUCCAUUUUCUAAAAAAUUCUCAAUGUGCAUUUCAUUAAUAAAAAAUAUCACACCUUAAAAAUUAAAGGACAUGCGUGUGCGUAAAACAUAGUAUUAUGCAUGUUAUGUAUAAAAAUUUCUAAUUGAAAAAUAGUCACACUGUGAGCCUGGCAAUAUGUUCCAUUAUUUUGUGCAACACUCCACCUGUUGUGAUGUCUAUUCUGAAACUGGUGAUGUGAGCUCACACUCUGUUCUACUGGAGUCUGUGGUAGGUUCAGAUCAAAAGUGGGGGAGAUUCCUUAUUCCGAGGAUCUCCGUCUGUCUUCUCAGAUGCCAAAUCCUUCUCAACCUAGGGUGACCCUUGUAAGUUAUACUAGGCUGGGUGGAAGCAGCCCACAUCCCAAGGCUAAAACAGCACGAGGACAUGGAUGGCUGGUGCCUCUAAAGAUAAACUAUUGAUGGUCCCACAUCCUAGAUUAUCUAAAUGGUGUCAGAUGAGAGUACGUAAAACUAAAACCGUGACCAUCAUAAAGACCAGUCAAAUUCUACUGGUGUAGUGGGGUGGCUAGGGGACUAGAGAUGAGAAUGAAAGCUCAAAAUUGUUGUGAAUGUGAAAACAAAAAUGUUGUGUGUGUAAGAGAGAGAGAGGGGAUUCCUUUGUGCUAUCGCUUGAUGUAUGUACAUUUUGGCAUCUCGUUGAUUUGAUCACGGAAUGAUUUCACUUAGUUUGCUCCUGUAGCAUGAUACACCUCUGUUAUAACUCUGUAAUGCUGAAUGUCCCAUCGCAUUACUGCCUUGCCAGUGGGAUAUAGGAACAAAUUUGUUAUGAAAAAUGAAUAUUUUCUUUUCUCCAUAUGGCCAUGUUCAGUAUUGUAGUUAAUUCUGGUAGCUGGCGUAGACUUCACCAUAUCUCAUCUUAGCAUAUAAGAAUGCUUAUGCAGCUGAUGGGCAUUGUCUACAGCAUUGCGUAUGUGGAAGGAACAAUGGUUGGCGGGGAGGGGAAAUUCUGUGUUGUCCACGUAAUGGAUAGGAGUGGCGCUGUAAACAUCUUGAUCUCUCAUUAACACAUUCAGGCCUUCACGUGGUCACAACACAGCACAAAUUCACGGUUGUCAGUCGUGUGAAUUGAAACGUUCAUCUUGUGGAAAAUGAAACAAUCAUCUUGUGGGGAAUGAAACGGUCAUUUUUUACUUUUUUUUUUUCGUAGAGCAGCAGCCGAGGGAGAAGUAGAGGAAAGUUUGCCAGGGAUUUUGUUGGUAAAAUUUUGUUGAUGGAAUUGUUUGGAUUUUUCUCCAGCUCACUGGUGGUAUCGUCUUGCGUGUAGCGUGUAGUGGUUACGGUGAUAUGGACUGUGUUAGUGGACUUUGGGGUUUUGUUUUUCUGGGUUUUUUGUAAGUUUUAUUUUGUGUCUGUGUUUCUGCUCUUGUGAUUUGAAUUUAUCUCAGGUAGGCGAGCAUGACCUCCAGCCUUUGACCCUGAGAGAGAUUGUUGACCUUUUGUCCUGAAUUAAUCAAACAAGCCACCAGAUAAUGCAUCUUCGUUACUUGAAUUUUGUUUCUGCUUUAUGUAUAUAGUUCUCAGUUGUUCCUGAUAUCUCAUGUUGAUUGUCAUAAAUAUAUUACUUCAUCUGGUUUUUUUCUGCACUGGCAAUUUUGGCAUUAAUGUCACACCAACGUUUUCAUUCAUGUUGUUGUUCAUUUUGUUCUCUCCCAUGAUUAAAACUGUCAACUGUAUGCAGACACCAUGUUACUAAUAAUAGCAACAUAUUUCCCAUUGAUGAGGAGACGCACAGAGUCUGUGUGGGCGCCUGGGUGGGUGUGAGUCAAGUGAGUGUGUCCUUUGGUCCAGCAAGGUGGGGCCGUCUGUCCCCAGCUCUUACUCUUAGACUUUUCACGUCUGGUGUAUACGUUUUCUUGUCCAUGUUGUCUGGUCCUGAAGUGGUUGGUGGUACUUUGUCAAUAAUGGUCCUUCGUUGGUGGUCCGUGGUAGCUUUGUCAUGAAGUCAUCGAUGGUCCCUCGUGGAUGGUUCCUCCUUAAUGGUUCGUGGUAGCUGCCCAUAACAUAACAGGUCCUUCGCUUUCUCUUGUGUUGUACAUGAGUUUUCUGCAGCCCUCGCAGUUGAGCAUAAUUGUGGUACGCUCCCUUCAAGACAACGGUUCAUUGCAUAGACAGGGAGGAACGCAUUGUUUUGUAGGGGGAUAAUACAUACAGUUUUUGUAGCAGAGAAAUGUAUAAGAUAUAUUGUAUGGAUGCAGUGGCAACUGAGAGAGAAAAAAGCUAAAUGUCAGCAAGUAUCCGUGGCUGGGCUGUUGCUGAAUUAUCAAGGACAUAGGACCCACUUCCUGCACAACUGAUGCAUUUGACAUUAUGGCUAUCUGUGCAUUUAGGUACACAUUAAUAACACAUACUGGUACACAUUCCUGGUGUGUGCUGUCCCAAUCGUCCGUUCAGUUUAAAAAAGGUAAUCUUGUGGCCCCAGGAAACGAGUGCUUAAGGACAAUAUCUUUUUCUUUGCACUCAUUUCUUGUCUGAUAUAACUGCUACUACAACUACAAAUGUGAUAGCUUAGUGAACCAAAAGAAAGCAGAAAAUAUCUUUGGGGUUUUGUUUUUGUGGGGACUGUGGACAUCCAAUUUGUUUUAUCCAGCAUAGACCUUUUUUUCUGACAAUUGGUCAAGCCAAUGAUGUACUGGUGCUUCUCGUCGAUCUCUGGUUGUGAGUUGUCGACAAAGUUUUUUCAUAACGUUGUUGGUGGUGGUGGUGGGGACAAAAUUGUGUGUGGCCGUCUCUCUGCACUUGCGUCUAUCUCAUUUACCUGGUAUUGUAGCGCCAUCUCCUUACCUUUACCUCAUUCCCUGGAGGUAUCAAAAAGCAUCACUACCAACUACUACGUACGAUGUCCACUUUGAUGCAGACUCCUCAAGCUAUGUACCACACACACACACACACACACACAGAAGAAAAGGCUGCAAUGAGAUGUCCCAACUCCUCAUCAGUUCCUCGAUUAGGAAAGUGGUAGAGUGUGCGUCUCAGAUUGGUUGAGAGUGUGCUCUCGUGUGUGCAAUACCCUGGUGUGUUUGCUGGUCUCCAGAUUGCCCCUCGGACCAAAACUCUAGAUCUAUUUCUCUUUUCUUUUUUUUUUUGUAUUCUGUGUUCUGGAUGUGUUCCAAAGAUAAUCAGUUGUGCUUUGAGAUACAGAAUUAUAAACAAAUUAUGUGUAAAUUAUGAAUAUUUUAAAUGAUUAAAAAAAAGGAAUAAUUUACCAAAUCCACUCA